AUGGCUCAAUCUUCCCAUUGCUACCUUCCUCGCUUCACGACCGCGACGGAUGGGCCCAAACGCCCGGUUUCGAUGAAGACGAAACCGACGGCUUCGCAACAUGCGAGAUUAUUAACCGCAUGGCACGAAGGCCGCCUGGACACGGUCAUGCGGGCCACCUGGGCGCUGGUUCUGCAUUAUUAUCUCCGCACCGAAGACAUAUGCUUCGGUUACCACCACAUCGACGGCGAUUCUAUUUCUUCUCGACACUCUGUACAGCAGUCGAGCACCGCCCCUCUGUCGGCUUUUCGGCUGGCAAUCGACGAGAACGACUCCAUCCGUGCCAUUGUAGAUAAAGUACGGGCCGCCGAUGGACUCGCUUCGCAGCAGAGCGAUGGCACUGGAAGCCUGGAGGGCGCUUCCGACGAUCAUCUGCCAUUCAACACCAUCCUGAUGCUGCGCACAUAUCGCAAGGCGACGCCGGAGUCGUCGUCAGCCUCCAAACCCAUUUUGGCAACAGCUCUGCCUGACCAGGUUCGUUCGGCUUCCCGCAGAGGGCCUAGCCAGUCCCAUUCCUUAGCCGCUUCUGCUGAAGCGGCUCGAUUCGCGAUCUUGAUCCCAUAUGCUAACUUGAAUUUCUUUUUUUCUUGGUUGAAGUGCCAAGUCCGUCUUCAUGUCAAGGUGUUGCGCCGGGACAUCAACAUCUUCCUUGAAUGGCGGAAUGGGGACAUGUCGGGCGAGCAUAUGAAGAGUGUUGCCCAUAUCUUUGAGCAGAUGCUGCCCAAGGUUCUUGCCUCCGAGACUACCGCUAUUAGCCAGCUUAAUUUGUUCUCGGAGAAUGACUGGGAGCGCAUCCGUAAGUGGAAUGACCACACUCCCAAGUUGUACGAUCGCUGCAUCCACGAUGCUAUCCGCGACCAGGCCCUGAGUGGUCCGGACCGGGAAGCAGUCUGUGCAUGGGAUGGAAGCUUGACGUUCGCCGAGCUGGAUCACUUGGCCUCGAAGCUCGCCUGCCAUCUGCGCAUGCAGGGUGUUGGCCCGGAAGUACGCGUGGCCCUGUGUUUUGAUAAAUCGGCGUGCGCUGACAGCUGCAAGAAAUGGAACAUCGUUGCCAUGUUGGGCGUCAUGAAGGCCGGGGGUGCCUUCGUCCCAUUGGACCCGACGCACCCUAGCUCGCGCUUACACCGGCUGAUCGACUCCGUCAAGGCGCCCGUCGUCUUAUGCUCCCCAAGCCGAGCCGAGACCCUGCGCCCUAUCGCCCACACUGUAAUUCCGCUUUGCGCCGACACUUUGGAUCGUUUUCCGGAUCCCACCAGCGGGGUUGACCUUGCUUCUGGUGUCACCAGCCAGAAUGCGGCUUAUGUUUUGUUCACCUCCGGGUCGACGGGUGAACCCAAGGGCACUUUGCUCGAGCACCGCGCAUUCUUAUCCAGUGCUCAAGUCCACGGCCCUGGGCUUCGCGUUUUCCGUGAGUCGCGAUGUCUGCAGUUUGCAGCCCAUACCUUCGAUGCCAGUCUGGCAGAGUCUCUGACCCCGUUGAUUCAUGGUGCCUGUGUGUGUAUUCCCAGCGAGGAGGCGCGAUUAAAUGACAUUGUGACGGCGAUCAACGAGAUGCGCGUGGACCAAGCUUGCUUCACGCCGUCCUUCAUCGGCUUUAUUGAAAUAGAUAGCGUGCCCGGAUUGAAGAGUCUCGUUCUGGCCGGCGAGGCAAUGUCGCAGUCGCAGCUGGCGACCUGGUCCAGAAUCAAACUGGUCAAUGGAUACGGCCCUACCGAGGCCAGUGUCGCAUCCGUGCUCAACUCGGACGUCACACCUGGCACCGACUGCAAAGAUAUCGGCCUGCCAGUCGGCGUUCGCGCGUGGUUGGUGAAUCCUGAAAACCACGACGAGCUCGUGCCCGUCGGCUGCCCCGGUGAACUUCUGAUCGAGGGUCCCACGCUCGCUCGCUGCUAUGUCAACAACCCUGAGAAGACCAACGAAUCGUUCAUUUACGAUCCUGCGUGGACCAAGUUAGAGGCUGAAAGGGGCACUAAUCGUCGAUUCUACAAGACUGGCGAUCUGGUGAGGUACAACUCCGACACGGGUGCCCUCAAUUACAUCGGUCGCAAAGAUACCCAAGUGAAGGUUCACGGCCAGCGAAUCGAACUGGGUGAAAUCGAGAAUCAAUUGAGUAGGGACUCUCACGUUACGCACUGCUCCGUAUUAUUCCCCAAAUCUGGCUUUUCCAAAGGCAGGUUGGCUGCUGUCAUCUCGUCCGCCGGGCUACUGGCAGAACAAUCAGAUGCGGACGUGGAGCCCUUGCGAUUGAUCUCCCCUGAAUUGAAAGCAGAGCUCAUACCUGGCCUCCGUGAACGACUGUCGGUUCGCUUGCCGACUUAUAUGGUUCCUUCUGUUUGGCUCUGUGUCGACGCUCUCCCAUUACUCCCGUCCGGCAAGCUUGAUCGCAAGGGUAUUGCUACCUGGGUUGGGAAUAUGGAGACGGAUCCGGAUCUUGCAAAUGCGAUUACGGAUUCUCCCGCUAGAUCACAGCUGUCUCAGCCAGCUAACGACACAGAGGAGGUUCUGGCUACGGUUUACAGCCGUGUUCUCAAUAUCCCACAGAACCACGUCAGUCUAGACCAAAGUUUCCUCGCCAUGGGAGGCGACUCCAUCGCAGCGAUGACAUGCGUUGGUCUUUGCAAGAAGCGCGGCUUUGCUCUUUCCGUACAGGAGAUCUUGCGCAGUAAAUCGAUCCGGGAUCUGGCGUCGCGUGCUCGCCCGAUCGACCAUGCGACAACGUACCAAGAAGCUGUGGACGAGCCGUUCGAGCUUUCCCCUAUUCAAAUUCUGCAUUUUGGUGUCCGAAAAGAGGGACAAGGUCACUUCAACCAGGGCAUUCUUACUCGCGUCAGCAAGCCUCUUGCUGAACGUACACUGAUCAAAGCGAUUGAGACACUCGUCUCUCGGCACUCGAUGCUCCGUGCCCGCUUCGAUGAUUCUGGGUUUGCUACAGCCUCGAAGCAACGUAUAACUCGUGAUGUGAAGGGGUCUUACAGAUGGCGUACCCACAAUGUGAAAAGCAUUGAGGAGAUGAAGCCGUUGGUUGGGGAUAGCCAGGGCUCCAUCAACUGCUUUUCCGGACCGCUGCUGGCUAUUGACUACUUCAAUGUCAAGGGACAGUCUCCUGUAUUGUCUAUGACUGCACACCACUUGGUAGUUGACAUUGUUUCUUGGAAGAUCAUUCUUGAGGAUUUGGAAGAUCUGAUCAUGAAUCCCGCUCAGACUGCGAGCCAGGAUGGAUCGCUGCCUUUCCAGAACUGGUGCCGACUGCAAAUGGAUCACUGCAAAGGCUUGAUCACCGAGGGAAAGGUGUCGACCGAUCAAUUACCUACCCCGGACUUUGGUUACUGGGGGUUGAAGAAUAGCAAAACCACGUAUGGUGACGUCGACUGCGCUUCCUUCGAGAUCGACGCCGCUCAUACGAAUGCCAUUCUGUUUGAAUGUCACCAAGCUCUCAAUACCGAGCCGAUCGAUCUUUUCCUGGCCUCCAUGCUCCACUCUUUCGGUAAAUCCUUUACAGAUCGCUCGCUUCCCACAAUCUAUAAUGAAGGACAUGGCAGGGAAGUCUGGGACGCAUCAAUUGAUAUUUCACACACUGUGGGCUGGUUUACUAUUCUUCAGCCUAUCUUCGUGAAUGCAUACAAACCAGAUAGUCCGAUUGACACCCUUGUCCAAGUCAAGGACCUUCGACGACGUGUCUCUGACAAUGGUCGUGCGGACUUUUCCAGCCGAGUUCUCCCUCUGCCUGGUAAAGAGAGUGGCCGUCACCCGCACCCGUUCGAAAUGUCCUUCAACUAUGUUGGGCAGCACCGCGAUCUUCAGAGACAAGAUGGCCUUUUCCAACUUGUGGACCAAAUGGCUGGGGAGGCUGGCCAGGGUAGCGAUGCCGCUGACUUCGGACGCGCUACCCCCGAUUCGGCUUGUUCGAGAUUUCUGCCAUGUUGGGUUGCUAACUGCCAACAGCAGCUGCUCUCGCUGUCUGAGAAGCUCGCUACCAUGACCCCGCGGUUGACUCUGAGCUCGUUCCCCAUGUUGUCGCUAACAUAUGAAAGUCUGGAUCGUUUGCUCUCACAAAAACUUCCCGCCAUCGGUGUUCAAUCGCCGAACAUGAUCGAGGAUAUUUACCCUUGCUCUCGUAUGCAGCAGGGCAUUCUACUCGGACGAUCUCGCGAUAGCUCGUACUACGCCGUGCAUGACACAUUUGAGGUCCGUGGUACUGGGUCUACCAAGCCAAAUCUAGAUCGGUUAGUAGAAUCUUGGACGCAAAUUCAGUCUCAUCAUGCCAUGUUCCGCACUAUUUUCGCAGAAAACUUAACGCCUCGUGAUCCUUUCUGCCAAGUUGUUCUGAAGGAAUACUGCAUCGAGCCUGUCAUCCUACAAUCCUCUGCCGAGGACGAUGUCAUCGCAACAUUUGAUGCCCAAGAGCCCAAGGACUAUAGCGAGAUCGCCCCUGCCUACCGGUUCACCAUUUGCCAGACACCGUCGGGGAGACUCUUCUGCCGCAUCGAGCUCAGCCAUGCUGCCAUGGAUGGUAACUCGAUUUCUAUCAUUCUUCGGGACCUGCAGCUGGCAUACGUUGGAAGGCUCGAGGAAAGCCGUCGGCCGUUGUUCAAGGAAUACAUCAAGUACCUUGAAGACGCUCCUCAACAAGCGAGUAUCAACUACUGGCAAUCCUAUCUCUCAGAUGCCAAGCCCUGCCUUUUCCCUGUCCUGACAGAUGGCGUCAAGUCUCCUCAGAAGAGCCUGCGAUCCAUCCCUGUCAACUUCGAUUCGCUUUCACAACUCCAGAGUGUGUAUGAGAAGAAAGGUAUUACCUUAUCCAAUGUUUUCAACGCGGCCUGGGGUCUCACUCUGCGUCUCUUCUCCGGCUCGGAUGAUGUAAGCUUCAGCUAUAUGGCAUCUCUCCGCGAUGUCAAUGCCGAUGGGGUUCAAUGGGUCAUUGGCCCUGUCAUCAACCUGAUGGUCUGUCGCAUCAAGUUUGCUGGGAAUUCCCAGUUGAGCGAUGUACUGGAGCAGAUCCAGAAUGAUUACAUGGAGAGUCUUCCGUACCGACACACUUCACUCAUUGACAUCCAGCACGCCCUUAAGCUUUCUGACGCCAACCUCUUCAACUCUGGCGUGUCUUAUCGCCGUCUUCCAAGUGCGAAGGAUGCGGUCAGCAGUGAGAUCGAGUGUGUUGAAGUUGGUGCAAUCCAUGAUCCGGCUGAGUUUCCGGUUUAUAUCAACAUCGAAGCUAGGGACACAACAGCUAACAUUGAACUCAACUACUGGACCACAAACCUUUCUGAUGCCCAGGCUAUCAAUGUAGCUAACACCUAUGUCCGCUGUCUUGAAAGCCUUCUGAACAGUGCCGACAGCAAGAUCAGCCAGCUUGAUUCUGUUAGCGAGUCGAGCAAGACCGACAUCCGAUCUUGGAACAUGAAGGCUCCUACAUCCAUUCAGCGAUGUGCUCACGAUGUCGUUCGACGUAUCGCUACGCAGAAUCCUGAUGCUCUGGCCAUCUCCGCAUGGGAUGGUACUUUGACGUACUCAAAGCUAGACCAAUAUUCGUCGCGUCUUGCCAGCUACCUCGUUACGUUUGGCGUGAGUCCGGGAAGCCUCAUCCCAACUUGCUUUGAGAAGUCUGUUUGGAAUGUUGUCUCCAUGCUAGCUGUCAUGAAGGCUGGUGGCGGAUGCAUUCCCGUCGACACCCCGCAGACCAUGGGCUUGAUUGAGAAAUGGGUUAUUGAGAACUCUGUCCAGGUGGCCCUUGCAUCCCCUGAAAAGGCCCAGAUUCUGGAGCCGACCAUUCCCUACGUCGUCCCAGUCACCGAGUCUCUCCUGGAGUACUUGAAUGAUGAGCCGCUUACAUUGACUGCCUCUCCGUCGGACCUUUGUUAUGUGGCAUUCACCUCUGGCAUGUCCGGGACUCCCCGCACGAUUGUCCUCGACCAUGCGACAAUCACGACCCGCGCCUCGGCUUUCACCUCCUCGAUCGGAGUCGGUGAUUCUUCUCGCCUUCUUCAGCUUGCAGAUCACACAUCUGAUCUGUUCUUGCUCGAAACCAUUGGGACUUUUCUCAACGGAGGCUGUCUCUGUAUCCCUGCAGAUGCUGAUCCGACCAACUUGGCUUCCUCUAUCAAUGUCCUCCAUGCCAAUGUUGCUUGUAUGACCCCAACUAUUGCUAGCUUCAUAGCUCCCAAAGAUGUUCCUGCAUUGGAGACGGCUGCAUUUGUUGGGGAGCCUGUGUAUAGGAGGCUCCUUGAUGCCUGGAAGGCUGAUGAUCUCGAACUUCAUGUUCUAUAUGGUUCAGCAGAAUCAUCAUCGGCGUCUCUGCAUCACAAGAUCGAGAAUGAGACCGUAGAGGCGACUAUCGGAAAUCCUGUCUCUUGUGUUACUUGGGUUGUUGAUCCUGUCAAUCAUAACUCCCUUGUUCCCGUUGGUGCUAUCGGUGAAUUAGUUCUUGAUGGCCCCGUCCUGGCUCAAGCAACUUUAGAUUCUCAGUCUACCGGUGAUGAGAGGUAUUUCGAAAAUCCGACUUGGGCAGCAAUAUUCUGCGGAUCGCAGAAGAAACAGAAGUUCUUCAAAACUGGCGACCUUGUUCGAUACAAUUCCAAUGGGUCGUUGGUUUACUGUGGAAAGAAAAAUACAUCCGAACCAUUUGUGCCAUGCUCUGAUAGCCUCCUAGUCCAGCAGGCCAUGCAAUCAUUCCUCGGAUCCAGGAAGCUUGCUGUUGAUUUUUUGCCGUCCGGAUAUAUCGACAGCACGCGAAGCGUUGUGGCCUUUGUCGGUUCAUCGGAACUAACUACUGCAUCCUUCUCCGCGCAGGCUGUCUCAAGCUCGGCGCCUGAAUUGAAGUCGACAGUUGCUUCACUUCACACCCAUUUGGCUGCGAAUCUCCCAGCCAGCAAGGUCCCGAGUAUUUAUGUUCCCCUGUCUUCCCUACCACUUACCCCAUUUGGCAAACUGAAUUAUAAAGUCCUGAGAAAUGAGCUCGACUCACUCCCUAGCAAUAUCCGCCAUUCUUUCGAUAUCAAGAGUUGGACUGGAAUCAAAUGUGGCAACAGACUCUCUCGGCAAUCCAUUUCCGAAUCCAAUAUGUCUUUCUGGAAAGAAUAUCUCGCCGAUGUUGAACCGUGCAAUUUCCCUCCAAUCUCUCUUGAGACUAGUGAGAAUGGACAGUCAACCCGGAUCCUGAACAAGCAAACUCAGAAGUUGCAUGCAUUCAGCAAGAUGUCGGGUGUCUCUGUAGAGACUCUGUUUCAGGCUGCUUGGGGCAUUGUUCUACGGUGCUAUACCGGUAAUGAUGAUAUUUGCUUCGGAUAUUCGGUUGCUGAGCGAGAUUAUAACUCUGUUUCAAUCUGUCGCCUUCUCCUUGGCAACGACCACGAACUAGAGCAAACAUUACAGCAGUUAAAGGCUAAUUCUGAUAAGGGUCGUGAGAAGUUUGUUGACUUACCCGCUCUCAAGCAAUCUCUGGGCUUCAAUGAUACGAGCAUUUUCAACACUCUUCUCACCUACCGCACGGAGUCAUCCCUCCCUCAGGGAAAUGCGGGCGACGAGGCUGCGACAAAGGACUACAAAGUUGCAGUAACCGCCGUUGUAUCCAGCUCAGUUGCGGAGGUCCAUUUUACCUACUCUUCUGACACAUUGACUUCUACCCAAAUCACUCAUGUCAUUGAUUCCUUUGACCACAUCUUGAACGAUAUCGUCUCUUCGAGUCCUCGUGAUCGCACCAUUGGAGAUCUUGACCUCUUCCCUCAGCGAUCUUGCCGACAAAUUCGUGAUUGGAAUGCUGGCCUGCCUCCGCGCGUGGAGCAGUGCGCCGAUGAACUUAUUCAACAGCAAGCCCUGUUGCACCCGCGUGCAGAAGCUAUCUGCUCCUGGGAUAAGAACUUCACAUAUGGACAGCUCGAGAUUACCGCCAGCCGUCUAGCUCGCUUUUUGACCAACUCCGGGGUCAAGCCUGAAGUCUUCGUUGUUCUCAGCUUUGAAAAAUCCGCCUGGGCCGUGGUCGCUCAACUUGCCGUUCUUAAGGCCGGAGGUGCAUUUGUCUCGAUCGACCCCUCUCACCCUGACUCCCGUCUGCAGAUGUUGAUCAACGAGAUUGGAGCUGAUCUGGUUCUAUGCUCUUCCUCUCUACAACCAAAGAUGUCCAAACUCUGCAAGAAGGCAUUUGCAGUGUCUCAGAAUUCCAUCUCUCAACUUCCGGAGUCUCCUCUUGCCUUGCCAGGCACACGGCCUACGCCACAAAAUGCUGCCUACGCUAUCUUCACAUCUGGUACCACUGGAAAGCCCAAGGCGACUGUUGUUGAGCAUGUCGCUCUCAGUACCACUGCAGUCGCUAUGAACGAUGCCUUGCACAUGAAUGCCGAUACUCGCGCUCUCCAAUUUUCUAACUACACUUUUGAUGUCAGUGUGUUGGAGAUCAUGAUGACCUUAAUGACCGGUGGCUGUGUUUGUGUCCCAAGCGAGGAAGAGCGUAUGAACAACUUGGGAGGUGCAAUUCGCCGCAUGGAAGCCAACUACAUGUCCUCUCCCCCUGCUAUUGUCAAUACCCUUGAGCCCAAGACUGUCCCAACCCUCAAAACCAUCAUUACUGGCGGUGAAAAGAUGCCCGCAAAUCACAUUGAUCGGUGGAAUGAUCGUUUCGUCAUCAACGCCUAUGGUCCUUCAGAAGCAACUGUGGUUGCGACCGUCGGUGUGAAGGUUGACUGGGAUGGUAAUCGCGUGAAUGAUGAUCCUACUUCCAUCGGCACAGCUGCCAACUGCCGCGUGUGGAUUGUUGAUCCUAACAAUUAUCAUCGCCUUCUACCGGUUGGUGCUGUUGGAGAGAUGCUCCUUGAGGGAAGCAACAUCGCGCGCGAGUAUCUCGGUAAUCCUGAAAAGACCAAAGCGGCGUUUGUCGAUGAUCCUCUUUGGAGUCACCAUACCGGCAUGCUAGGCCUCUUCAAGCGCAAAGACCGUAUGUAUCGCACGGGCGACUUGGUCCGAUAUAACAGUGACGGUACCCUGGCAUUUAUUUCCCGCAAGGAUACUCAGAUCAAGUUCAACGGUCAGCGUAUUGAACUUGAAGAGAUUGAACAUCAGUGUCUGCGGUGCCUCCCAGAGGGAUCUCAAGUUGCUGUUGAUGUGGUCGUGCCUCAAGAAAAGACCGUUGCAAAAGGCCUCGCCACCUUCUUCACGGUGCACGACACAGAAUCCUUCCAGGGUGGGAGUACUGAUCAAUUUACCCCUACCAUCCCUGGCGCUGACCCUCUGCUUCUGCCCAUCUCUGUUUCAAACAUGGAUGCCAUUCAGACACUCAAGAGCUCUCUGCCCGAUUUGUUGCCACAGAGCAUGAUGCCUCGUCUUUUCUUCCCCCUACGAAACCUGCCCUUUACAUCAUCUGCCAAGAUUGAUCGCCGCCGACUCCGUGCCAUGGUUGAAACCUUGUCUAAGGAGACCUUGAAGUCAUAUAUCACGUUCAAUACUGGCAACAAGAAACAGGAGGUUUCAACCGAUGGUAUUGAUGCCAAACUCCGGACCCUAUGGGAGAAGACCCUUGAUCUUGAACCCGGAUCAGUCACAAAUGAAGACAGCUUCUUUGCCCUGGGUGGCGACUCUUUCUCUGCUAUGAACCUCGUUGGAGCCGCCCAGGGACAGGGCAUCUCCCUCAAUGUUGCAACUAUUUUCAAGAGUCCAGUAUUGAUUGAUAUGGCGAAGAGUUGCUCAGACCUUUUGGACAUUCCAGCCAGCAAUCAAAUUGAAUUGAAGCCAUUCUCGAUGAUUCCGUCUUCCGUCAACUUUGAGAGCCUGUUGGAAGAAGUUACCGAUAACUGUGCGAUCUUGAAAGCUUCUAUUGCCGACAUUUACCAGUGUAGUGCAGUGCAAGAAGGUCUUCUGACUAUGUCCGUCAAGCACAACGGUGCGUAUGUCGCCCAGCCGGCUUUCCGUCUUGCCGCUGGUGCAGACCUCAACCGGUUCAAAGAUGCCUGGCAAAAGACUGUGGAUGAUCUCGACAUUCUUCGAACUCGGAUUGUUCACACGGAAGCGAUGAAUUUUGCCCAGGUUGUCCUGAAGGAGUCACCUAUCUCUUGGGUUCAUGCCCAAUCGUUUGACGAGCUUCCAGGUGAUACAUUGGAGCUUCCAAAACACAAUGGUGCACCUUUGACUGGUUAUGCGAUCGUUCAACCUCGUGGGUCAACUGAAAGCUAUUUUGUGUGGUCUGUCCACCACGCGCUUUAUGAUGGCUGGAGCAUUCCUUUGGUUUAUCGCAAACUUGAAGAGAAUUACACUGGCUCAACGAACAGGCAAAAUGCUGCCCCUUAUGGCCUCUUCAUUGAAUACAUCAACAAAAAAGACAUGGAAGAGUCCGAUGCCUUCUGGAAGUCAUAUUUGACAUCCCUCUCCGCCACCCCCUUCCCACAAAACAAGAACUCUGUCCCCGAUGCCAUGCGGGCUGGCAACACCCAGUACCAUAGAAUGGAGAUUAUACGGCCUGCAAACAGUGUCGAUUUCACGCUGCCAGUUCUCCUGAGGGCUGCCUGGUCCAUCGUGGUUGCUACUCACACUGCGUCUGCAGACGUUUGUUUCGGUGAGACGUUGUCUGGGCGGAACAUUGACUUACCCGGUGUUGGCGAUAUCGCUGGUCCUGUUCUUACAACUGUGCCGACGCGGGUUCAAGUUGACAGCCAGAUGCCCAUCCUUCAGUACUUACAGAACAUCCAUCAGAGCACCACUGACAUGAUUCCUCAUCUCCAUGCGGGUCUGCAGCGUAUUCGAUCCCUCAACAAUGAUACCUUGGCUGCAUGUGGCUUCCAGAACUUACUAGUUAUUCAGCCAACGGAGAGUGGAUUGAACAAUAGUAUCUGGAUUGAUGAGAAGCGCGAGACUAGCGAGGAUUUCUUCACUCAUCCUCUGGUGCUGGAGUGUGGCAUUUCCAAGACAAACAUCUCUUUCACUGUUCACCAUGACGAGUUGGUAAUUAAUGGUUGGCAAACAAAGCGUUUGGCGGAGCAAUUUGCCAAUGUUCUGAAGCAGCUUCUAGCUGUUCCAAAGACCAGUACAGCCAAACUCGUGGAGCUGGAAGUUGCCAGUCCCGAGGAUAAGGCUGAGAUUGCCCGGUGGAAUCAGCGAACUCCCCUCUCUAUUGAGCGUUGCGUACAUGAUUUCAUCCGUGAAAAGUGCCUUGAGACCCCUGAUGCCCAGGCCGUGUGUGCUUGGGAUGGAGAACUUACCUACAGGGAGUUCUGGGACCUUGCCUCAUCAUUUGCCAACUACCUUGUUUCCCGCGGAGUUGGCCCUGAAGUCUUCGUUCCUGUGUGUUUGGACAAGUCCGCAUGGGCUAUGGUGACUCUAAUCAGUAUUCUAAUUGCUGGAGGUGGCUAUGUUCCCCUUGAUCCUCACCAUCCGGUUUCGCGACAUGAAGAGAUUCUCAAAGAUGUUGGUGCCAAUAUGAUACUCUGCACGCCAAACUACACCAACCGGUACACGCGAGUUGUCAAGACGGUGAUCCCGAUAAGCAAAGAAACGAUCAAGGCCUAUGGUUCUCUCACUUCUACAGGCCGACCCCGUACGCAGGUAAAACCGUCAAAUAUGGCUUAUACUUUGUUUACUUCGGGGUCUACUGGGCGUGCUAAAGGAAUUGUUGUUGAGCACCGUAAUGUGGUCAGCAGUAUCAUGGCGUUUGGGCCCAUGACUCUCAUGGGACCCAAGUCCAGAGUGUUCCAGUUUGCAUCUCUCACAUUUGAUGCGGCAAUUAUGGAGACAUUGGCUAUUUUGAUGCUUGGUGGCUGCAUUUGCGUUCCCAGUGAAGAUGAACGUUUGAAUGAUGUCGCUGGUGCAAUCCGUCGCCUGAAUGUGACUUGGACAUUCCUCACGCCCUCUAUCGCCAGCAUUAUCGAGCCAUCAACUGUUCCGUCUCUGGAAGUUCUUGUCUGUGGCGGUGAGAAGAUGUCAAAGGAGGUCAUUACAAAGUGGGCCAACGUGUUGAAACUGAUGAAUGGUUACGGCCCAACUGAGACUUGUGUCUUUGCUGUCAUUGAUACCGCAGUCGCAAUCAAUCGUGACCCUGCACGUAUUGGCUACGGUAUUCCAAGCACAUUGACCUGGAUUGUCGAUGCUGAAAACCAUGAUCGGCUUGUUCCCCUGGGUGCUGUGGGUGAACUCGCUCUCGAGGGUCCCGCCCUCGCUAGAGAAUACCUCAAGAACCCGGAGAAAAAUGCGGAAGCAUUCGUCGAAAACCCUGCUUGGAUCCAGGAUUUCAAUUCAGCUUUGCCAUCGCCUAGACGGAUCUACAAAACCGGCGAUCUCUGCUACUACAACCCUGAUGGCUCUAUUGAGUACAUCAGUCGCAAGGAUCACCAAGUCAAGUUGCAUGGUCAGCGUAUGGAGCUCGGAGAGAUCGAACACCGGCUGUAUGAGGAUCCUCUUGUUCGCCACGCAGUUGUUAUUCUGCCUAAGAAUGGACCUCUUAAGCAGCGUCUGGUCACAGUCAUGUCAAUUAACAAUAUUUCUGCGGACAACAAGCUGAUCUCUGAUAAACCAUGUGAACUUGUGGAACAAGCUGAAUUUGAUAGACAGGGCCUGUCUGCCCUCAGCCAGGUGCAGAAAAACCUGGAAAGUCAGCUUCCAAUAUACAUGGUACCCCAAACCUGGGCUCUGAUCAAGAAACUUCCAAUGCUUGUCUCUGGCAAGCUUGAUCGCAAGAAGAUCACGGCCUGGGUUGAAAGCAUUGAUGAAGUCUCUUAUGAGCGCAUUAUGCAGGAUUAUGAUCGGAUGAAACGUGGUGUGACUGAGGAGACACCGAAGCAGGAGCAAGAUGGCUCCUUGAAGAUCAUACGCGAGAUUUUUGCGCAGGUAUUGAACAUCUCGCUGCAGAAGGUCAACGAUGACCGCUCUUUCGUCAGCUUGGGCGGAGACAGCAUUACUGGCAUGGCAGUCAUUUCCAGAGCCCGUAAGCAAGGUCUGAUUGUGACUCUCAAUGACAUCUUGCAAAGUCGGUCCGUGAAGGAGCUGGCUCAAACUGCCAGCGCCAAGGCCCCAGUCACCUCUCAACGCGAAGAGAAGUCGGGUGAGAGCUUCGCUCUUUCCCCUAUUCAGAAGUUGUAUAUGCAAUCUUCGACUGAAUUCAAGGGUACAGCGCGAUUCAAUCAGAGCAUUACCGUCAGAAUCUCACGCCGCGUGGACGCCGAGGUCCUCAGGCGUGCGAUCAAUGCUGUCACUAGUCAACACCCCAUGUUCCGUGCUCGAUUUUACCAAGACAAAAACUCUAUUUGGCGCCAACAGGCUGCAGCAGAGGUCGAGGAGUCUUACAGAUUCCGUGUGCACUCUGUCAGUGACACGCGCGCGAUGGUUCCCAAAAUAGCGGACAGCCAGUCUUCUUUGGACCCGCUGCAUGGUCCAAUAUUCGUGGCUGAUCUUUUCAAUCUUCGCGCUGGCGGCCAGGUUCUUUUCCUUGUGGCGCACCACCUGUGUGUUGAUAUGGUUUCUUGGAGAAUCAUUCUUCAAGAUCUGGAAGAGCUAGUAGUGUCUGGCUCGCUUUCUGAUGAAAAGGCUCUUUCUUUCCAGAGCUGGUGUGCAAUGCAAUUGGAGAGGGCCAAGAUCCACGACGCUGGUCUUACUCUUCCAUUUACCCCAGAGCCUGCCAAUUUGCACUACUGGGGAAUGCAGGAUACUGCGAACCUCUAUGGUGAUCUGAAGAUGGAAUCCUUCUCUCUGAGCGAGGAUACAACCAAGUUCCUUCUGAACGACUGCCAUGAGGUAUUCGGCACCGAUACAGUUGACAUUUUAGUCUCAGCCAUUUAUCACUCUUUCCGUCAAACCUUUACCGACCGGGCAAUACCAACUAUUUACAACGAAGGUCAUGGACGGGAGUCAUGGGAUGCCAGCAUUGAUCUAUCAAGAACAGUAGGCUGGUUUACAGCUAUGGCUCCGGUGCUCAUAGAAGGCGAGCAAAAAUCAAUCAUUGAUACGAUCAAGCGGGUGAAGGACACUCGGCGCAAAAUUAUUGACAAUGGCCGGCCUCAUUUUGCCAAGAGCCUUCUUAUGUCUGACCAUCAGACCGACGCAGCUGAUUUCCAGGUUCCCAUGGAAAUUUUGUUCAAUUAUCUUGGCAAACUCCAGCAGCUCGAAAGGGCUGACUCUCUUUUCCGGCACCAAGGAAGUGUCUUUGAUAGUUCCGAUUUUGCUGUUGCCGGUGACAUGGGUCCCGAGACUGUCCGGUUUGCUCUAUUCGAGCUUUCCGCCAUCGUUGUCAAAGAACGCCUCAAUGUUUCAUUUGCCUAUAGCAGGAAAAUGUCACGAGAGCCGCAAAUUCGCCGGUGGAUUUUGCAGUGCAAACAGACUCUUGAGAAGGAGAUGGGCCUUCUGCGGAACACUUCUCCUGAACCGACUCUGAGUGAUUACCCUCUCUUGCCUAUUACCUAUCACAGCCUCCAGGUCCUCACAAACAACACCUUCCGCAAACUGGGAAUCUCGAGCAAGAACGAGGUUGAAACCAUUUAUCCCUGCUCUCCAAUGCAGGAAGGGCUGUUGCUAAGCCAGCUUCGUGAUCCUAGUGCAUACAUGUUCCACACCAUCUUUGAGAUCAAUGAUGCCCGCACUGGAAAAGUUGAUCCUGAAAGGCUUGCUCAUUCAUGGCAGAUGCUUGUCGAUCGCCAUCCUGUUCUUCGCACUGUCUUCAUUGACAGCAGCUAUAGUGGUGGCUCUUUUGACCAGCUUGUGCUGAAGAAGCUUUCUGACAAUGUUUUGCGAAUCGAAUGCUCCGAUAACCAGGUUGAGGAAAAGCUCAGCGCAAUUUCUCUCCGAGAUUUGAAUGCGAUGCGGCCCGCUAAAUUGUCUCAUCAACUGACGAUCUGCAAAACACAUAGCGGGCGUGUCAUGGUCAAAUUGGAGAUUAACCACGCUAUCAUUGACGGUGGUGGUGUUGAUGUUCUCCUUCGUGAUCUUGCCAUGGCUUAUGAUCGUCGACUACCUGAGGGCCCCGGUCCUAAAUUCAGCGAUUAUAUCAGUUAUAUUCGAACUCAAAGCCAAGGUAAGGCUCUUGGUCACUGGAAGGAGUACCUGGGCGAUGUUCGCCCUUGCCACGUUGCGUCGAGUGGUGGCUUCAACAUUGAGCGUGAGCUCAAGGGUAUUCUGAUGAAUUUCGACCGGUACCCUGAGCUCCUCAGUUUCUGUGAACAAACGUCUGUUACUCUCGCGAACCUCACACUCUCAGCAUGGGCAAUUGUUCUCCGGCAGUUUACCGGAUCCGAUGAUGUCUGCUUCGGAUAUCUCUCUGCUGGGAGGGAUGCACCAGUCAACGGUAUCCAGGAUAUGGUUGGAAUCUUCAUCAACAUGCUCUGCUGCAGAGUCAAGUUUUCUGCUCGACAGAAUCUAGUAGAUAUCUCCAAGCGCGUUAACGGCGACUAUAUUCGAAGUAUUCCGCACCAAAGCUGCUCUCUGGCCACUAUUCAGCAUGAGCUUGGCUGGCAGGGUCAAUCUCUAUUCAACACUACAUUGUCGAUACAGAACCACACUGUUGCUAGUGGUACGAAGGACAAGGGUCUCUCUUUUGAUCUGCAUCACGCUCAUGAUCCUAGUGAGUAUGCCGUCACUGUCAACGUCGACAUCUCCCGCGGCAAAGAGGGAAUCCUGUUGCGAUACUGGAACGAUGUUGUUUCGGAUGAACAAGCCCAGGCACUAGUGGACACCAUUGCAAAGGUCUUCACGGGAUUCAUCGAGUCGCCAAAUACAAACAUUUCAUCAGCAAGCUUCGAUAGCAACAUUCAUGAUGAGCGAGAGAUGGAAACGAGCCGUUCACAAUCGACAUUCAAUGGAAAGAUGGACCUCGGCACAGCAACACUAGAUGGGGCCGCAAUCCAGAAGAUCAUCGAUAAUCGUGUGCAUGAAAUUAUCGAUCAGAUGUUGAGAGAAGGAAAGUUGAUGGUUCCACAUAUGCAGCCAGACAGGUUGUCUGGAUAUAGCCACCCUGAUCAUGGGAUUGGAUCGCCUUAUCCAAUUGAGAGCAUACAGGGAGGCGCAGAUGAUUCGGGUGUUUGCUCAGCAACAUCUAGAUCCAGCACAGAGGGCAUGUCUGCUGAUGUGGAGAGAAGGCUUUGGAGCCUCUGGAGCACUGCCCUCGGUCUUUCACCUAACGUGCGAGGAGAGGACGGAUUGGUUCUCACUGUUGCAGAUGUCUUCAAUAACCCGGUUUUCGAAGAUAUGCUUGCGACAGUGCGUGCCGCCAAUGUGACCCAGCAGAUGCUGGAUGUGGACCUGAAGCCUGCUCAUAAGGAGGUAGAGGAUUUCACUGAUAGCAAACCAACGAUCUUGGCGCCGACUCCGUCAUCUGAGAGCAUUUCCGUCUUGAGACCUACCAAGGCUGUUGAUGAUGCUUCAGUCCAGAGUGGCAUUUGUCCAAAGAUUGGCGUCUUCAAAGGUGGCAUUGCUGAUGUUCUUCCGGUCACGGACUUCCAGGCAAUGUCCUUGACAGCAACACUAUUUAAAUCCCGAUGGAUGCUUAACUACUUCUUCUUGGAAGGAAAUGGUCCAUUGGACCUGCGUCGCCUUCGUGAAAGCUGCCUGAAGGUUGUCGACGCUUUCGAUAUUCUGCGUACGGUAUUUGUCUGCUUCCAUGAUCAAUUCUUCCAGGUUGUCCUACGCAAGAUUCGCCCAAGCAUCUUUGUCUACGAGACAGAUCGUGGAUUAGAUGAUUUCACCAUGAGCUUGCAGCAACGAGACCGUGAGUAUGGCCCUCGUGAGGGUGAGCAGUACGUCCAGUUCUACGUUGUCAAAAAGAAGGAAAGUGAUCAGCACCGCAUCAUGAUUCGUCUUUCCCAUACGCAAUACGAUGGUGUCUGUCUACCAAGAAUCAUGUCCGCCAUCAAGCUCGGUUAUGAAGGUAGUCCUCUACCUCCAGUCACCUCGUACGCCAGCUAUCUUCGCCAGCUCCCUGGCACAAUUACACCUGAUCACUACAACCAUUGGUCGAAGUUGCUGAAAGGGUCACAGAUGACCCAGGUUGUCCGCAGAAAGGGCACAACCAUGUUCCAGAACAUCGGCGCUUUCACUGAAAUCAGCAAAACGAUCGAAAUCCCACCAACUGCGCUUGGCAACGUCACUGUGGCAACCGUGAUGCAGGCUGCCUGGGCCAUUACACUUGCCAAGCUUUCUGCGCAGUCUGAUGUUGUCUUUGGUCUUACGAUUAGUGGCCGCAAUGCUACAGUUCCUGGUAUCGAAACCACUGUCGGACCUUGUGUCAAUAUUGUUCCUGUGCGUGUGAAGUUCGACGAAAAAUGGACUGGCGUGGAUCUCUUCCGCUUCCUUCAAGAUCAGCAAGUCUCCAACAUGCCUUUCGAGUCCCUUGGCUUCCGUGAGAUCAUCAAAGACUGCAGCGAUUGGCCCGCCUGGACUUACUUCACUACCUCAGUCUUCCACCAGAACGUCGAUUACGAAGGAUCCCUGGAGCUAGACAGCAACAAGUACCGCAUGGGCGGUGCAGGUGUCAAUGACAACUUCGCAGAUUUGACCAUGGUCUCACGUCCUGCUGACGAGCGCAACCUGAACAUCACAUUGGGAUACUCCGAGAAAGGCCCAAUUCUGCCCGCGUUUGCAACCAAGGUUCUUGAUAUGGCGUGCGAAAUUGCACAAUCUCUUGUCGCCAACCCGUCAACUGCACUACCAUCCCCAAGCAUGUUACAAUCUCUCCCCUCGCAAGCCAUUGAUGACUUGCCUCGUUCAUCUGAUGAGCACUUCCUCAGCGCACAUCUCAAGUCACGAUCGAUAGCUGAGCUUCUUGUCCAUUCAGAUAUCCUAUCGCGCUCGUGGCACCAGGUUCUGCCAUGCCGGGCCUCAUCUACAACAAUCGACCCGGAUACAGGGGACAAACCCACCAAUAAGACUGCCUUCCAGCUCGAUUCAUCGUUCUUUGAUCUCGGUGGUGACAUUUUCAACAUGGCCCAGCUUACCUGGCUCCUCGAGCAAGAGGGUCUCAAGGUCCGCCUAGAGGAUCUCCUCGAGCACCCGUCAUUCUUGGGCCAGAUGGCCGUCCUUGCCUUGCACAAUGCCAGACCACAAGAAGAUGUUGCUCCUCAGUUUGCCACGGCCACAGGCGCCGUCUCUCCGGAUAUCUCAGUGCAAACCCCAGUUGAGAAGAAGAAGACAUGGGAGAAAGCAAUGACACUCGCCCGCAAGCUGACUCGAAGAAACAACAUGGUUUCCAGCCGUGCUUGA